GCAUGCGUGGAGGAUAUGCGCUUUGCAGCAAAGUCCUCCUUUACUCCACACACGCUUCUAAGCCUCGGCACAUCUCCUCACAUCGCUACUAACUACACUUUAUUCAUCCUCCGUGUCAGGAUAAACUCCACUCGUCUCACUCAACUUUGGAGAUUAUUAAGCCCGCUUAGCUUGCUAGUUGUUUUAGCGCGCUACUUAGCUCAGCAUGCUAGUUAGCUUAGCUUGUUAGCUGCUAACAAAGAGACGCGGAUUUGAUCAACACAUCGCUUAGUUAAGAUCAAGUGUGAGCGUAAAGUGUUGUGCUUGUGUGAAAAUGUGCGAAAAGUGUUGUGAUUGUGUGAAAAUGUGCGAAAGAACGAUAGCAGAGUACGAGGAGGAACUUUCUCGAACAAAAGAAGAGAACACAAGACUACGUCAACUACUGGAGGCUGUUUUCAAGAAACCUCAAGUUGUGUUACACAGAACAGACGUCUGGGAAGAACAUCUUCACCCUGAGCAACAGAAGUGGAGGUUCAGGAUGCGGACGGAGGAGCCACAGCCCUCCCACAUUAAGAAGGAAGAGGAAUACCCACUGAUCCCCCAUUUUAAAAAGGAAGAGGAGGACCCACUGACACCCCAUUUUAAAGAGGAAGUGGUGGAUCCACUGAGCCCUCACAUUAAGGAGGAAGAGGUGGAUCCACUGACACCCCAUUUUAAAGAGGAAGAGGAGGACCCACUGACACACCAUUUUAAAGAGAAAGCGGUGGAUCCACUGAGCCCUCACAUUAAAGAGGAAGAGGAGGAACACAGCAUCAGUCAGGAGGGAGAGCAUCUUGAAUGUUUGGAGGAGUUCCCAGUAAUUGGUGUCCCUGUGAAGGGUGAAGGUGAUGAGGUCAAAGGUGAAAGUGAGGAGAAGAGAGAGGCGGAGCCUCCAAGCAGCAGCUCAACUCAACACAUGACAACAGAAGCUGAUGGAGACCACUGUGGAGGAUCACAAGCAGACAAGCUCUUAGCUCCACUAUCAGAUAGUGAGGACACAACGUCACACUCUCCUGACACUGAUGAUGAACACUCUAAAGAUGAUAAGACAUGUCACACUGACAACACACACUUCACAUGUUCUCACUGUGACAAAACUUUUAAAUACCAUUGUCGUCUAAAAACACACAUGAGAAUACACACUGGAGAAAAACCUUUUUCCUGCUCAGAAUGCGGUACAGAUUUUAGACUAAAACUAAUGCUGAAAGAACAUAUGAGAAUACACACUGGAGGAAAACCUUUUUCCUGCUCAGAAUGUGGUAAAGAUUUUACUCAAAGCCACAAUUUGAGAAGACACAUGAGAAUACACACUGGAGAAAAACCUUUUUCCUGCUCAGAAUGCGGUAGAGAUUUUAGACUAAAACAAAUGCUGAAAGAACAUGUGAGAAUACACACUGGAGAAAAACCUUUUUCCUGCUUAGAAUGUGGUAAAACUUUUGUACGAAAAAGCCCUUUAAAAGUACACAUGAGAAAACACACGGGAGAAAAACCUUUUCCCUGCUCAGAUUGUGGUAAAAGUUUUGUAAUAAAACAACAUUUAAAAGUACACAUGAGAAGACACAGUGGAGAAAAACCUUUUUUCUGCUCAGAAUGUGGUAAAAGUUUUGCAAGAAAUGAAAGUUUUAAAGUACACAUGAGAAUACACACUGGUGAAAAACCUUUUUCAUGUUCAAUCUGUGGUAAAGAUUUUACUCGAAGGCCCCAAUUAAAAUCACACAUGAUAACGCAUUCUGGUGAAAAACCAUACUCCUGUUCAAGCUGCAACAAAAGCUUUAGUUUCCCAAAAUCCAUUAAAAUACACAUGAGAACACACACAGUAGAGAAAGUGUUGAGUUGCAGUGUGUGUGGUGAAAGAUUCUCUUCUAAGUACCAGUGUAAGAAACACAAGUGUGCUGGUGAGAACAGCAGCGGUAGUCUCCACGAGCUUGUGGGGUAUGGAGCCGUACGCAUUGGCAAGGUCAAGCCAAAGCACAGCAAGGUCUCCCUUACCCUCCCGCGCCUCCCUGAUCAGCCGGGAAACCACACCGGCAUUCUUGAGGAGGAAGUCAGUCAACCUUCUGGAAAGGAUGCUGAAGAAGAUCUUUCCCUCAACGCUAAGGAGCGAGAUGGUCCUGAACUGCUCCAGCUUGGUGGAAUUUUCCUCUUUAGGUAUCCAAACACCCUCAGCCUGCCUCCACUGGUCUGCAACAGUUCCUCUGCGCCAAAUCACUCGCAGGAUCCUCCAAAGGAUUCUAAGGAGUUCCGGGCAUCGCUUUUAAGAUCAAGUGUGAGUGUAAAGUGUUGUGAUUGUGUGAAAAUGUGCGAAAGAACGAUAACAGAGUACGAGGAGGAACUUUGUCCAACAAAAGAGGAGAAGGAGCGACAACAUCAACUACUGGACGCUGUUUUCAAGAAACAUCAAGUUGUGUUACACAGAACAGACGUCUGUGAAGAACAUCUUCUCCCUGAGCAACAGAAGUGGAGCUUCAGGAUGGAGCCACAGCCCUCCCACAUUAAAAAGAUAGAGGAACACCCACUGAUCCCCUAUUUUAAAGAGGAAGAGGAUGACCCACUGACCACUCACAUCAAAGAGGAAGAGGAGGACACACUGAUCCCCCAUUUUAAAAAGGAAGAGGAGGACCCACUGAGCCCUCACAUUAAAGAGGAAGAGGAGGAGUCACAGACCCCUCACAUUAAAGAGGAAGAGGAGGAACACAGCAUCAGUCAAGAGGGAGAGAAUCUCAAAUGGUUGGAGGAGGUUGAUGUCACCAAGAUGCCAGUGACUGGUGUCCCUGUGAAGAGUGAAGAUGAUGAGGUCAAAGGUGAAAGUGAGGAGAAGAGAGAGGCGGAGCCUCCAAGCAGCAGCUCAACUCAACACAUGACAACAGAAGCUGAUGGAGACCACUGUGGAGGAUCACAAGCAGACAAGCUCUUAGCUCCACUAUCAGAUAGUGAGGACACAACGUCACACUCUCCUGACACUGAUGAUGAAGACUCUAAAGAUGAUAAGACAUGUCACACUGACAACACACACUUCACAUGUUCUCACUGUGACAAAACUUUUAAUCACUAUCGUAAUCUGAAAAGACACAUUGGUACACACACCGGAGAGAAACCUCAUUCCUGCUCAGAAUGUGGUAGAGAUUUUAGACUGAAAGGCAUGCUGAAAGAACAUAUGAGAAUACACACAGGAGAAAAACCUUUUUCAUGUUCAGAAUGUGGUAAAAGUUUUAUAAUAAAUCAAAAAUUAAAAGUACACAUGAGAAUACACACUGGAGAAAAACCUUUUUCAUGUUCUAUCUGCGGUAAAGAUUUUACUCAAAAGCACCAUUUCAAAGUACACAUGAGAAUACACACUGGAGAAAAACCUUUUUCAUGUUCAAUCUGCGGUAAAGAUUUUACUCAAAAGCAUUAUUUCAAAGCGCACAUGAGAACACACACGGGAGAAAAACCUUUUACCUGCUCAAAAUGCGAUAAAAGAUUUACACGAAAAGAAGACUUAAAAAAACACAUGAGAAUACACACUGGGGUAAAACGUUUUUCCUGUUCAGAAUGUGGUAAAAGUUUUCUAACAAAUCAACAGUCAAAAUCACACAUGAGAAUACACACUGGAGAAAAACCAUUUAAGUGCUCAAUUUGUAGUAAAGUAUUCUCCCAGAAAGGACAUUUGAUAAACCACACAAAAACACACACUGGUGAAAAACCUCUUAUAUGUUCAGUAUGCGGUAAAAGUUUUAUACGAAAAUAUCAUCUUAUGCAACACAUUAGAACACACACUGGUGAAAAACCAUACUCCUGUUCAAGCUGCAACAAACGCUUUUGUCAGCGAGGAAAUCUUUCAGCACACAUGAGAACACACACAGGUGAGAAAGUGUUGAGUUGCAGUGUGUGUGGUGAAAGAUUCUCUUCUAAGUACCAGUGUAAGAAACACAAGUGUGCUGGUGAGAACAGCAGCAGCAAAUGAAGAUGCAGGAUUUGAAAUAAACUGUCAAAACUUUAACUUUGACUUUCUAACAACAUCAGCACAUAUAACAUGUGUGACAUCAUUGUUGUGUGUGUAACACAAUCUUGUUAAUAUGAUUCUAACAUUUAUAGAUUAGACACUUCAGAUUAGUGCUUUUAUUUCAGUCAAGUACAUGAGUUAAUAUACACAUUUGUGUACUUUAAAAUGAACAGAACAAUUUGACUGAAAUUGUGAGAAUAAACAGUACAUAAAAUAUGUUACAUACAAUAAACAUUUUAUGUGUAGAUAUUCAUAAUUCACUUUUAUACUUACUCAUAAUAGUUUUUUGUAUACGUUUUUCGAAAUAAUGAAGUGUUACAUAUUUUAUUUUCUAUUUGUGGAUAAUUCCAUUGAUGUACUCUUUUAUAUGAUAUACAUAUUUGUUUUACAUGUGUUCAUACCUUUGCUUUUGAGUACACAUAAAUCCCUCUUAGUUCAUAUUUACUGGUUCACAUCUGAAACAUCUUCUGGACCACUUCUGGAAGCAUAUUAUUAUUUACUUUAUACAUCAUUUGAAAAGUUGUCUUUUAUACAAUUUUAAAAUGUGUUACUUUAUGAAUCAUUUGUUGGGUCUCUAUAAUCCAUUCUAUUAAUUAUCUUUAUUACUCUUUUGUUAUAUGAAUAUUGUUGUGUGAUUGUUUUAUAUGUAU